UGAGAGAAGAUGAGGCAUCACAAAACCCUCUCAUUCUUUUAUUUCUCAUCCUCAUCAUCACCUGCUCUUUCUACUCUCCAUCAUCUUCUGUUUUGCUUAAUAUGUAGUGUUACGCUUAUUCCCACUUCCUCCUUUGCAUCAUCAAAUGAAACCGAUAGACUUGCUCUUUUAGAGUUUAAACACCGCAUUUCUGAUGAUCCCAAUCGACUACUUCUUAACUCCUGGAAUAAUUCUGUGCACCAUUGUAGUUGGCAAGGAGUGAGGUGUGGUCGUCGACACCCACGAGUUGUGGUGUUGAGGCUUCCUAAAAAGGGGUUGGUGGGAACCAUAUCUCCUCAUAUUGGAAAUCUCACUUUCCUCAGGCUUCUUGAUCUCAGUGACAAUAAUUUGUACGGUGAAAUUCCAGGAGAGAUUGGUGGUUUAUUUCGACUAAGAUCUCUCAACCUGUCCGUGAAUGCACUGACGGGAGAACUGGCUAUGCUUAAUUUCAGCAACUGCCUACAACUUAGGGAACUCCAUUUUGCUAUAAAUGGCCUCCAAGGGAAGCUCCCUGCAGUCCUAGCUAAUUUGAAGAAGCUACAAGGCCUAAUUCUGGGUACUAACAGUUUGACAGGUGGAAUUCCUCCCACUUUUGGGAAUUUGUCUUCACUUCGAGAGUUGGGCUUGGAGAUGAAUCAUUUGAAGGGACCUAUUCCGCAUGAGAUUACGCGGUGUUGGGGUUUAAAUAUCCUUACACUUGGUGCCAACAAUUUCACUGGUACACUAUCUCCUUCUUUCUUCAAUAUGACUUCUAUACAAUUUUUUUCAAUAUCCGUAAACUCACUUGAAGGGACCAUUCCUAGCGACAUAGGAACCACCAUGCCAAACUUGGAAGGCUUUUAUUUUGACAUUAACCAAUUGCAUGGAACUAUCCCUAUUUCAUUUCCCAACGCCUCUAAGCUUCAAGCUAUUGAUGUAUCAGGAAACCAUCUUGUAGGUAAAGUUCCGGAUAAUAUUGGAAUGUUAAAAGAUCUUCUAAUUUUGAAUCUUGGGUACAAUCUUCUUGGUAGCAAUGAUCCCAUCAAUGACUUGGCUUUUAUAACAUCUCUGUCCAAUUGUAGUAAUUUAAAUAUAUUUUCCAUUUCACAAAAUAGAUUUGAAGGUAAAUUGCCAAACACCAUAGCUAACCACUCAUCCAAACUCCAUUACCUAUAUCUAGGAGAUAAUAAGAUAUUUGGUACAAUACCCGGAGCAAUAAAAAAUCUAGUUAGCUUGAUCGGUUUUUCUAUAAGUGGCAAUCUAUUAUCAGGUGUUAUUCCUAGUGAGAUAGGUGAAAUGCAUAAACUACAAGGUUUGGGUCUUGAUCGAAACCAAUUAUCUGGAAAAAUGCCAAUCACUCUUUAUAACCUUACUUCUCUAGCUUUACUUGUUUUGGAUAACAACAAUUUUGAUGGCAAUAUACCCUCAAAUGUGGAAAACUUCAGGAAUUUGAAUGAAUUGUACAUGAACAAUAACAAACUAGAUGGCACCGUUCCUCAACAAGUUUUUAAUUUGCCAUCUUUGUCUAAGUACCUUGACCUUUCAAGUAAUUCAUUCACUGGCCCGUUAUCUCCCGCCGUGGGCAAAUUGAAAACACUAAGUGCUUUAGACAUCUCUGGAAACAAAUUGUCGGGCAAAAUUCCAGAUACAAUUGGAGAUUGUUUGAGCCUUGGAUAUCUUGAUAUGCAUGAUAAUCUCUUUGAAGGUAAAGUCCCACCUUCUUUGAUUUCCUUAAAAAGCAUUACGCAUUUGGAUAUCUCAAAUAAUAAGUUGACUGGAGAGAUACCUAGAGACCUCCAAAAGCUCCCUCUCUUGCAAUAUUUGAACCUUUCAUUUAAUGAUCUAGAGGGGGAUGUACCAACAGUUGGAGUGUUUGCAAUGGUAACCAAUGUAUCAUUGCUUGGAAACAAAAAGCUAUGCGGUGGUAUACCUGAGCUAAAGCUGCCUCCAUGUCCUGUGAAGAAAACAAAACACAAAAAGCGUUUAAAGCUUAUGAUUGUUAUCUUCACAUGUAUUUGCUCGGCUUUGGUGUUUGCAUCAUUCAUUGCUUUUCUAACAUUGUGUUGGAGGAACCAAAAAAGGGUGGAGUUAGCUAAGCCAUCCACAGUUGAAAAGCUUUCCAAAAUCCCUUAUAGAGACCUGCAUCAAGCUACUGAUGGUUUCUCUGAGACAAAUUUGAUUGGUUCAGGAAGUUUUGGCUCAGUUUACAGAGGAAGAUAUGAGCAAGGUGGAGGAGAACAAACAAUUGCGGUGAAGGUACUUGACCUUUUAAAAAGUGGAGCUAUAAAGAGCUUUCUUGCAGAAUGUAAAGUGUUGAGGAACAUACGCCACCGAAAUCUUGUUCCAAUUUUGACUUGCUGCUCGAGUUGCGAUUUUGCAGGUAAUGAAUUCAAAGCUUUGGUUUAUGAGUUCAUGGAAAAUGGGGAUUUGGAUAUGUGGUUGCAUACACAUUCAUCUAAUGCAAGGACAGCAGUUCUAAGUGUUCUUCAAAGGUUAAAUAUUGCAAUUGAUGUAGCUUCUGCAUUGCAUUAUCUCCAUGAUGAUUGUGAACCGACAGUUAUUCACUGUGAUCUAAAGCCAAGUAACAUUCUGCUUGACAAAGACUUAACUGCUCAUGUUGGAGACUUUGGUAUAUCAAGACUUUAUUCACGCACAAUUGGAGAUCCAAUUGGUGAACAAAGUAGUACCAUUGGAUUUAAGGGGUCAAUUGGUUAUGUUCCACCAGAGUAUGGGACAGGAGCAAAGGCAUCAAAUUUUGGAGAUGUAUAUAGCUUUGGAAUCCUUUUGUUAGAAAUGUUCACAGCUAAAAGGCCCACAGAUGAUUUAUUCAAUGAUGACUGUAGCAGUCUUUGUGAGUAUGUGGAGAUGGCGUUGCCUGGGCAAGUGAUAGAGAUAGUAGACCCUUUGCUAUCAGCAUGCCUAGAAAGCAGUCAUGGAAUAACACGGGAUGUAGAGUUGGAGAAUGAUGGCAAUUUGGUGGAAAUUGAAGAAAGCAAGGUGCAUAGCUUCUUCCUCUCCAUCUUCAAAAUUGGGCUCACUUGUGCUUCAAGAUCACCAGUGGAUCGCAUUCAUAUGGAUGAAGUGAGCAGGGAAUUACAGAAGAUUAAGAAGGCUUUCUUUGCAAAUAUGAGGCAUGAGAAAACCCUCUCAUUCUUUUAUUUCUCAUCAGCUGCUCUUUGUUCUCUCCAUCUUCUUGUGUUUUGCUUAAUAUGUAGUGUUACCCUUAUUCCCACUUCCUCCUUUGCAUCAUCACCUACUUUCUACUCAUCAAAUGAAACCGAUAGAAUUGCUCUUUUAGAGUUUAAACACCGGAUUUCUGAUAAUCCCAAUGGAAUACUUCUUAACUCCUGGAAUGACUCUGUGCACCAUUGUGAUUGGCAAGGAGUGAGCUGUGGCCAUAGACACCCACGAGUUGUGGGUUUGGAGCUUCCUGAGAUGGGGUUAGUGGGAACCAUAUCUCCUCAUAUUGGAAACCUCACUUUCCUUAGGGUUCUUGAUCUCAAUAGCAAUAAGUUGUACGGUGAAAUCCCAGGAGAGAUUGGUGGUUUGUUUCGACUAAGAUAUCUCAACCUGUCUGUGAAUGCACUGACGGGAGAAGUGGCUAAGCUUAAUCUCAGCAGCUGCGUACACCUUAGGGAACUAUUUCUGGGUAGAAAUAGAUUGACAGGUGGAAUUCCUCCCACUUUUGGGAAUUUGUCUUCCCUUCGAGCUUUGGGUUUGGAGUGGAAUCGUAUGAAGGGACGUAUUCCGCAUGAGAUUACGCGGUGUUGGGGUUUAUAUUUCCUUUCACUUGCUGGCAACAAUUUCACUGGUACACUAUCUCCUUCUUUCUUCAAUAUGACUUCUAUACAAUUUUUUUCAGUAACUUCAAACUCACUUGAAGGGACCAUUCCAAGCUACAUGGGACACACCAUGCCAAACUUGGAAUGCUUUUAUUUUAGUGGCAACAAAUUUCAUGGAACCCUCCCUGUUUCAUUUCCCAAUGCCUCUAAGCUUCAAAUUUUUGAGGUAUCAAAAAAUCGUCUUGUAGGUAAAAUUCCAGAUAAUAUUGGAAGGUUAAAAGAUCUUAUAUUUUUGCACCUUAUGUACAAUUUUCUUGGUAGCAAUGAUCCCCUCAAUGACUUGGCUUUUAUAACAUCUCUAACCAAUUGUAGUAAUUUAAAGGGGUUCUCCGUUUAUAAAAAUAGACUUGAAGGUAAAUUGCCAACCACCAUAGCUAACCUCUCAUCCAAACUCCAGUUCCUAUUACUUGGAGAAAAUAAGAUAUUUGGUACCAUAUCUGGAGGAAUAAAAAAUCUAGUUAACUUGAUCGCUUUCGGGGCAGGAGUCAAUCUAUUAUCCGGUAUUAUUCCUAGUGAGAUAGGUGAAUUGUAUAAACUACAAGUUUUAAGUCUUUUUGAAAAUCAAUUAUCUGGAAAAAUGCCACUCACUCUUUAUAACCUUACUUCUCUAGCUACACUUAAUUUGGAUACCAACAAUUUUUAUGGCAAUAUACCCUCAAAUGUGGAAAACUUCAGUAAUUUGAAUGAAUGGUGCAUGCACAAUAACAAACUAGAUGGCACCAUUCCUCAACAAGUUUUUAAUUUGCCAUCUUUGUCUAAGUCCCUUGACCUUUCCCAUAAUUCAUUCACUGGUCCGUUAUCUCCCGCCGUUGGCAAAUUAAAAACACUAAAUGCCUUAAACAUCUCUGGGAACAAAUUGUCGGGCAAAAUUCCAGAUACAAUUGGAGAUUGUUUGAGCCUUGAAUAUCUUGAUAUGCAUGAUAAUCUCUUUGAAGGUAAAGUCCCGCCUUCUUUGGUUUCCUUAAAAAGCAUUACGCAUUUGGAUAUCUCAAACAAUAAGUUGACUGGAGAGAUACCUAGAGACCUCCAAAAGCUCCCUCUCUUGCAAUAUUUGAACCUUUCUUUCAACGAUCUAGAGGGGGAGGUACCAACAAUUGGAGUGUUUGCAGUGGCCACAAAUGUAUCAUUACUUGGAAAUAAAAAGUUAUGCGGUGGUAUACCUAAGCUAAAGUUGCCUCCAUGUCUUGUGAAGAAAACAAAACAAAGAAAGCAUUUAAAGCUUAUGAUUGUUAUCUUCACAUGUAUCUGCUCGGCUCUAGUGUUUGCAUCAUUCAUUGCUUUUCUAACAUUGUGUUGGAAGAAACAAAAAAUGGUGGAAUUAGCUAAGCCAUCCAAAGUUGAAAAGCUUUCCAAAAUACCUUAUAGAGACCUGCAUCAAGCUACUGAUGGUUUCUCUGAGACAAAUUUGAUUGGUUCGGGAAGUUUUGGCUCUGUUUACAAAGGAAAAUUUGAGCAAGGUGGAGGAGAACAAACUAUUGCGGUGAAGGUACUUGACCUUUUAAAAAAUGGAGCUACAAAGAGCUUUCUUGCAGAAUGUAAAGUGUUGAGGAACAUACGCCACCGAAAUCUUGUUCCAAUUUUGACUUGCUGUUCGAGUUGUGAUUUUGCAGGUAAUGAAUUCAAAGCUUUGGUUUAUGAGUUCAUGGAAAAUGGGGAUUUGGAUAUGUGGUUGCAUUCACAUUCAUCUAAUACAAGGACAACAGUUCUAAGUGCUUUUCAAAGGUUAAACAUUGCAAUUGAUGUAGCUUGUGCAUUGCAUUAUCUCCAUGAUGAUUGUGAACCGAAGGUUGUUCAUUGUGAUCUAAAGCCAAGUAACAUUCUGCUUGACAAAGACUUAACUGCUCAUGUUGGAGACUUUGGUAUAUCAAGACUUUAUUCACCUGCUACAAUUGGAGAUCCAAUUGGUGAACAAACUAGUACCAUUGGAUUAAAGGGGUCAAUUGGUUAUGUUUCACCAGAGUACGGGAUAGGAGCAAGGGCAUCAACUUUUGGAGAUGUGUAUAGCUUUGGAAUCUUAUUGUUAGAAAUGUUCACAGCUAAAAGACCCAUAGAUGCUUUAUUCAUGAAUGGUGGAUGUGAGAGUCUCUAUGGGUAUGUUGUGGCAGCACUAUCGGAACAAGUAAUGCAAAUUGUUGACCCAUUGCUUCUAGCAUGCCUAGAAAGCAACAUUGGAAUAAGACAAAAUGAAGAGUUGGAGAAUGAUGGCAAUUUGGUGGAAAUUGAAGAGAGCAAGGUGCAUAACUUCUUCAUCUCCAUCUUUAAAAUUGGACUUACUUGUGCUUCAAGGUCACCAAUGGAUCGCAUGCAUAUGAAUGAAGUGAGCAAGGAAUUACACAAGAUUAAGAGGGUUUUCUUUGCAUAAAAUUAAGCAAACAUGUCUUGUGACAUACAAUAUCUCCAUGGGUAGAAAUUAAGAAAAGUUGCUUUCCAAUUUGCCAAAUACAUGUUGCUCUAAAUUUCUUGAAUUUUGAUUUAAACUUUUCUUGGAUUUUGUUGUAUGAUGGGGACAAGCUAGCUAAGCUCCAAGUAUUAUCUAUGUUGUUAUAUUAAAUGUUGUGAUUUGGUUGAAA